AUGCCGUCGUUCUUCCAGCUGCUCAACGAAUCUAUGCAGUCGCACUGUGCGAUGAUGUUUCAAGUGUUCAACGAAGGAAUGGGCAUCAAGGCGUUGCUCCAUCAGACCAUCCUCGAGCAGUGCGGCCUUAUGUGGAAGGUGCACAGAUUUGUUUUCUUUCGAAUCGAUCGUGAGGAAAAUUGUUCGAACCUUAUCAUUUUUUCUCCUUGUUUCCUUUUGUGCAAGUUUCGACAGAAUGGGCACCAAAAAUUUAACACGCAAUUUUUGGAAUUUUCUUCAUUUCUCACAGUACUGAAGUCCAUUACUUUUCCUUAAUAAUGAUGUUGAUGAGGAUUCUGAAUUUUCUUUUAUCCACCGAAUUUUUUGAAAUUUUUCUUUUCAAGAAAUUCCUUUCCAAAUCUUUAAAAAUAAGGUUUGAACUAUGUUUUCAACCAUGACGUUUUUUUUUCAUUCAUGCUCAUUUCAACCAAUAUUUGCCUAGCACAACUUUUUUCUGUUCGAAAACGUAGUAUGUAUGAAGUUUAACGUGUAACACGAAUAACUGCAAAAAAGCAACUUUUCAAAAAGUUGCUUUUUUUAGAAAAAUUCUUUCCCGUAGCCUUCGCGACCUUUUUAUGUUCCGCAUGGGCGCAGUGCAACUCUAAUGAAACUACCGCAGUUUAACAGUUUUCCGCCUGAUCGGUUUCCCUCCUACUGCCCAGUAUUCUCUUGGAAAAUGAUGACCGGUCAUUUGAACGGUUUUUUAAAACUCACUCAAAACAUUUAAUUUUUAUUUCUGUCCGGCAUUUUUAAAAUCAUGAGAAAUAUGACUUCAACUUGUAAAUGAUGUGAAAAAAAAUACUAAAACAGUUCUUCCAGAAAGAAAUUCUGGGCGAUGAUGACGACGAAAACGAAGACAAAAGUCGAGAAUGGGCGCCACACAACGAAGAAAUCGCCAGGAAAAAACGAGAGAGGGAGAUGGAAAUUCUUCAGAACGAAGGUUCAACCAUCAACCAGGCUGUCAGAAAUUUUCUUUUUCCAGAGAAAGCGUCCAGCCAACGUUUGAAAAGCAUUGCGUUUCUGAUCCAAAGCGAUGGAUGGUUUUUCGAGGACGACGAUUUCAAUACGGACGAUUUUUAA